AUGAAGCGCACAUACAGCUUUACCGGCCAUAUACAGUCGGAGACGCCCGAUGGAGACGCUCUUGAUCCACCAUCAGAGCAGGGAACGAUCAAAAGAAUCCCGAGUGCAUAUGACUUGAUGAUGACCCCCCCAGCAUCCCCUGAGUCUCCUGGCAGCAUGGACCGACCUUCGAAGCUCCGCAGACAUGGUUCAAAGCUACUCACGGCUUUGAAGUCAUUCAGAAACAGCGUUUCCAAUGCAUCCAUGGCAGAGGCGCCACCGUCCCCAGUCAGCUCUCCUGCCCGGAGACUCUCGGCAGUAAUCCUCAAGUGCCAGUUGGAGCCAACGGUCGUUCAUCGUACUCAAUUCAACAAUCGCCCCAGCCUGAUCUCGAUUGACAAAGGUGCCACCGAUGUAACACCGGAGGGCACUCCUUCCACCAGCACUGAAUCACGCAGUAAUAGUGGCAAGUCUUCCGUCCCUAGGCCUGGGGAAUCGACGAGCAAAACGUCUCUCGACUCAAAGCUCUCGUCGCAAAAGUACAAGAUGAUCUCGCAACAUUCGUCAGAGAAUAAAAAGGUUGUCAUCAAGCAGCCAACGGGUGACUGUGGAGGCUCAAAUGAGCAUCCGGUGCUUCUCGCACCCAUUGUGGAGAGCUUGGAGACCCCGGAACCCGCACCGACUAUCAUCACUGUAGAGAGGGCCGCCGCAGCGAAAGUGUUCUUCGAAACCCACUACAACCAGGUAAUCUCGGGUGCUUUAACUCCUCGCUCGAUGCGUAGACGCCAGCUGGAAGCCGUGCUAUAUCACGAGCAGGCUAAUCUGUCCCCCGCUGAACAAGCAGAGUACCGGCGUGCCUGGGCCAAGGAUGAAAGCGAUCAUCUACGAGAGACCCGUGUAAUGAAAGCCCGCGCAGGCAAUGCUCUCAGAGAAGGUAAGGACAUUACUACCUCUCGCUAUGAGGUCGUCAAGGUCCUGGGUAAAGGUAGUUUUGGCGUCGUCCGCCUAGUCCGAGAGAAAGAGGAAAAUAGUCCCACCACUGAGCCAGGUGUUAGACGAGAAAUCUAUGCCAUGAAGGUCAUCAGAAAGUCCGAUAUGCUCCGCAACAGCCAGGAGGGCCAUCUUCGGGCCGAGCGAGACUUCCUGGUAUCCGCUGAAGGAUCUCGUUGGGUCGUCCCUCUCAUCGCAAGCUUCCAAGACCUUCACAAUUUGUACUUGGUCAUGGAUUACAUGCCGGGAGGUGACUUUCUGGGACUUUUAAUCCGCGACAAUGUCCUAUCUGAAGCUGUCACAAAGUGGUAUAUUGCGGAGAUGAUCCUGUGCAUCGAAGAGGCUCAUGCCCUCCGCUGGAUCCACCGUGAUGUGAAGCCAGACAAUUUCCUCAUUUCUGCUUCAGGGCAUUUGAAAAUCUCCGAUUUUGGCCUUGCUUUCGAUGGGCACUGGUCACACGACCAGGCCUACUUCAACAACCAUCGAUAUUCUCUCCUGGCAAAAUUAGGCAUAGAUGUUGCUGGUGAUAAACUGGACAUUCAGGGGGACCUGGAUUCCUCAAAGAAGCUUGCCCUGGCACCCGUGGGUGGAAAGGAGCAGCGACAUGAGCAAAACUCAUCCAUUAUCACAGAAUCUGACGGUAUUUUGAACUGGCGUAACCGCUAUGGGAAUAGAACCAUGGCUCGGUCUGUCGUCGGCACCAGCCAAUACAUGGCUCCUGAAGUCGUGAGAGGAGAUGCCUAUGACGCUCGGUGCGACUGGUGGAGUGUCGCAGUGAUCCUAUACGAGUGUCUAUACGGCCACACGCCUUUCCUUGCCGAAGAAGGGGGAAGACAGCAAACGAAGCAGAAUAUAAUUGCAAGUAUCAUCCUUUGCAUCCGGAUCUGGGCACACAAAAACACCUUCGCUUUCCCGCACAAGCCACUUGUCAGCAAGCGAUGCCAAGACCUCAUCCGAAGCAUCAUCCAGGAGAAGGAAACCCGCCUUUGUUCCAGACGAUACAGGCUUAAGGAUAGCUCUAUCUACCCAUACGACUAUGCUGGCCGAUACGUCUUCCCCAACGAUGCAGAAGAUAUCAAAAGCCAUAAGUGGUUCCGGGACAUUCAGUGGGAUCGCCUCCAUACGUCUAUACCGCCGUUUGUGCCCGAUAUUAAAUCCUUGGAUGAUACCCACUACUUUGACGAAGAGGAUCCGAUAUCGGAUUUCUCCGAUUCAAAUUCCGAUUUUAACCACACAGCAGAGGACAUCUCGAAAGCCCUCAGAUCCUUCAAUAAUGAAAUCAAGGGCGAGGCAAUCAAAUUUGUGACCAUUCCUCAUGAUUCUCUGAGGCUCAAAAAGUUUGAGCGAUGGGUCGAAGACCAUGGCAAGAUACCAGACGAGCAAAAGGAAUACCUUAAAGAUUUUGCCCGGACUUACGGACAAAAGGAGAAGAAGCGUCCCAGAGACCGCCUUUUGAGAGAUAAGGAUACGGCACCAAUAAUUCCGUCCUGCGUGGAGCGGAUCUAUGAGAGGAUCAGUAAGCACAGUAGGGCAAAGGAGAGCGGUUUGGCACCGGGCAAGAUUGAGCAUCCAUUGACAGACCGGGUCGGAUAA